GAAGGAAGAGAACAUGGAGAUGAUAAUGUGGCAAACUCCUGCGAACCCACCGGAGCGACAUGAUUACAUUUACAGCAACGGCAUUCGCUAUGUCAAGCCGUACUACUUUGAGUUCAUCUGUCAUGUGAAAAAUAGGUGGGCAGGGAAGACUGUUGUUGACCUUUUCUCAGAGGAAUUUAAAGGCCGGUCUAGAAAUUACUAUGUAGCUGCUGUUAAGGCUGGACGAAUACAAGUCGACGGGAAGAGAAUUCCUGUUUCAUAUAUAGUUCAAUCAUCGCAGAAGAUAAGCCAUUUUGUACACAGGCAUGAACCACCAGUCAUGGCAUGGGAUGUUGAGAUACUAUGUGAACAACCAGAGGUGCUAACCGUUUGUAAGCCUGCAUCAGUUCCUGUGCAUCCGUGUGGGCAGUAUCGUAAGAACACAAUUCUUGGCAUCCUUCAGGCAGAGCAUGGUUUGACAACACUAUUUCCUGUUCAUCGUCUUGAUCGCCUGGUGUCGGGGCUCCUUAUCUUAGCCCGAAGUUCUUCUAGAGCUGACACUUUUAGGCAGCAGAUUGAAUCUGGAAGGGUGCAUAAACAAUAUAUUGCAAGGGUAACUGGUGUAUUUCCGGAAGAUGAGCAAGUUGUAAAUGUAAAUGUCAACUACAAUGCUCAAGAAGGGAGAAGCACUGUUGAGGAAAUAAACUAAUGUAUAAAUCUCUCUCUGCAUGCUGGUUACAGAAAUUGGCCUAAUUUUUGGCAUUCAGGUGAGAGAAAAUAAUGUUAGCGGCAAUGGUGCUGUGGGAAAGCCUGCUUCUACCCAUUUUACGCGGAUUUGUACGGAUGGGAAGCAAAGUAUUGUACUCUGCCAACCAAUCACUGGAAGGACACAUCAGCUUUGUGCAGUUUUCCCUGGCAAGAGUGCAUGCAAUUCUUGAAGAAAUAGUAAAACAGAUUACUUACCGUUCCCUGGGGUUGGGGAUACGUGUGCAUCUACAAUAUAUUGGGCAUCCAAUAGCUAAUGAUACACUCUAUCUCUCCGAGUGCAUUCCUCGUUCCGAAGCUGGAACAAGUGCGGAUAGAGCUGCUAAUAAGUCAAGCCAUGUUCUAAAUCCCAAAAAUGUUGGAAGUGGUUCUGCUGCGAAUUCGGGAAAUGAAGAAUUCAGUAAUGACCCGAUGUGUACAAAUUGCCCAAAUCUGGCCCCCAAAGGGUAUGAUGGUUCUGAAGAGGGCAUAUGGCUGCAUUGUGUUAAGUACUCUGGACCAGAUUGGACAUACGAAUGCCCGUAUCCGGUUUGGGCAUCCUUAAGUUAACCUCUUUCAAUCUUCUUUGCUAUUUAUUGGAUGUAAGGCAUUCCUGUGAACUUUUUAGCUGCCAUAUUGUCCUUAUUCCCAUUAGUUUUAGAGUCGUUUUGCAUUGUUCUCAAGAUUUGCUCUAUAAAAGCAGUCUGUGCUU